GUGUGCGCGCACGGCGGGAGGCUGGAUUAUCACCGGGAUGGUUUGUGAGCGCGGAGAAGCGGAAACGCGCCGGCAGCAGCGGGGCGCGAGCCUCCGGUGAGCCUCCGGUGAGACAGAGUUCCCACCGAGUGUUCACGAGGCUUCCUCCUCCGCACGAGCUGCCGCUGAAAACAGCUGGAUGUCGUUCCGCGGACACACGGAGCUGCGCUGAGCGCCGAACAGCUCGUCUGACAGGUUAUUAACGCCUCUUCAUCAUGCUGUCCUGGGCCUGUCCCUUGCUCUUCCUGGUCCUUCUUCCUGCCCAAUCAGCUGCAACCUCUCUAACUGCUGACAACAGAACGGAGGAUCUUCAGGAGGUCAUCCUGGCAGCCAUCUUGCCUCUGACUAACACUAACUAUGCAUGGGCAUGGCCUCGGGUUGCGCCCGCCAUCUACCAGGCAUUACAGCAGGUGAACUCUGACCCCUGGUUGCUACCAGGUCUGAAGCUGCGGCUAGUUCAUGGCAGCUCAGAGAGCCGCGACGGCUUUUGCUCAGACUCCAUAGCGCCGCUUGUAGCCGUCGACCUCAAGCUGUCCCACGACCCCUGGGCCUUCAUUGGACCCGGCUGCGACUACUCAUCCUCACCUGUUGCCCGCUUUACCACCCACUGGGAUGUUCCCAUGGUGACAGCUGGUGCCCGAGCAAUCGGCUUCAAUCUGUACGGUGCGGUCACCAAUACGGGCCCCACUCACAAAAAGCUGGGCGAGUUUGGUGUCAGGAUCCAGGAGAUGUUUGGCUGGCAGCGGCACGCCACGGUCAUCUUCAGUGACAACAAGGACGCCAAUGAUGAUCGGCUGUGCUACUUCGCUGUGGAGGGGCUGUAUGAGCUGCUGGGCAAACGUAACAUCACUGUCCACGACCACGCCAUCCAGGGCGACGUCAACUACAAGUCGAUGGUCCAGGAUAUCCGUGACAAUGGCCGAGUUGUGUACAUGUGCUGCUCCUGGGACAUCUUCAGGACGUUGAUGGUCCAAUUCUGGAAGGAAGGGGUGGAGCUGGAGGACUAUGUCUUCUUCUUCAUUGAUCUUUUUGCUGAGGGUCUGGACGGGAGCGCUCCCAUCAGGCCCUGGUUCAGAGGAGACCAGGAGGACUAUGCGGCUCGCAACGCUUUCAGGAGUGUGAAAGUGCUGACGUAUCUGCAGCCCCAGAAUCCCGAAUAUCUCCAGUUUGUUAAAACUCUGAAAAAAGACGCAAAGGCGAUGUUCAACUUCACCAUCAGAGACUCUAUGUACAACCUGAUUGCCGGAGGGUUCUACGACGGGGUGAUACUGUACGCUCAGGCUCUGAACGAGACCCUGAAUUUGCAAGGACCGAGACCGGGACUGGGACGAGUCCAGAGGCCCAGAGGAGAUGAGGUGACCCACAGGAUGUGGAACAGGACAAUCAAAGGCGUGAUGGGCCCUGUGGAGAUGGACGAGUUCGGGGACAGAGAGAUGGACUUCGCUGUGUGGGACAUGACCGAUGUUGAGUCUGGAGAAUUUCAGGUGGUGUGCGUGUAUAACAGCAGCAUAAAGCAGCUCAUCCUGCAAAAUGGUCUAAACUUCCAGUGGCCCAAAGGUUCUCCGCCACCAGACAUCCCCAAGUGUGGCUUCAAGAACAACAACCCAGCAUGUCUCACAAGUACAGUUGGUAUGCAUCAGAUGGUUGCAAUGGUGAUCUGCUUUGUCUUUGUCAUCAUCGUUACUGUCACCAUCUUCAUCUACAGGAAGCUGAAGCUGGAGAGCGAGCUUGCAGCUCAGCUGUGGAGAGUUUCCUGGGAUGACGUCCAGAUGAGCAACCUGGAUAAAGUCCUGAAGAGAGCGUGCAGCAGGCUCACCAUGUCUCUGAAAGGAUCCAACUAUGGUUCUCUGAUGACCAUGGAGGGAAACUUUCAGAUCUACACUAAAACCGGAUACUACAAGGGAAACUUGGCAGCUAUCAAAUACAUCAACAAGAAACGCAUCGAACUGACCCGGAAGGUUCUGUUUGAACUGAAGCAUAUGCGAGAUGUCCAAAAUGAACAACUGACCCGCUUCAUUGGCGCCUGUAUCGACCCGCCGAACAUGUGCAUCAUCACAGAGUACUGUCCAAGAGGCAGCCUUCAGGACCUGAUGGAGAGUGACAGCAUCACACUGGACUGGAUGUUCAGAUACUCACUCAUUAAUGACAUUGUCAAGGGAAUGGCAUUUCUCCACAACAGCGUCAUCAUCUCCCAUGGUAACCUUAAAUCAUCCAACUGUGUGGUGGACAGCCGCUUUGUCCUGAAAAUCACUGACUAUGGCCUGCAGAGUCUUAGGACCAGAAACUGCCCCGAGGACACACAUGCUUACUAUGCACGGAAGCUGUGGACAGCUCCAGAGCUGGUGAGGAUAGAUUGUCCUCCGAACUGUGGGACACAAAAGGGGGAUGUGUACAGUUUUGGGGUGAUCCUGCAGGAAGUGGCUCUGCUCAGAGGAGUUUUCUACCUCGACUCACACUCUCUCUCCCCUAAAGAGAUCGUGCAGGCGGUGAUUCAUGGUGGCACCCCACCCCUCCGCCCCUCCCUCUGCUUCCACAGUCACAGUGAGGAGCUUGGUGUCCUGAUGCAGCGCUGCUGGAGUGAAGAGCCGAGCGAGCGUCCCGACUUCAACACCAUCAAGAUCCUGCUCAGGAAGCAGCACAGAGGAUAUGGCUCCAACAUCCUGGACAAUCUGCUCUCCCGGAUGGAGCAAUAUGCUAAUAACCUGGAGGAGCUGGUGGAGGAACGAACGCAGGCCUAUCAUGAGGAAAAGAGGAAGGCGGAGGCCCUGCUGUACCAGAUACUCCCACAUUCUGUAGCAGAGCAGUUAAAACGAGGAGAGACAGUUCAGGCUGAAGCGUUUGACUCUGUCACCAUCUACUUCAGCGACAUCGUUGGCUUCACCACUCUGUCUGCAGAGAUCACGCCACUGCAGGUUGUGACGUUAUUAAACGACUUGUACACCUGUUUUGAUGCCAUUAUAGACAACUUUGAUGUAUACAAGGUAGAAACAAUCGGUGAUGCCUACAUGGUGGUCUCAGGACUACCUGCCAGGAACGGUAAACUUCACGGUCGAGAGGUUGCCCGCAUGUCCCUCGCCCUGCUGGAAGCUGUCAAGAGCUUCCAGAUCCGACACCGACCCAAUCAGCACCUACGGCUCCGCAUCGGCAUCCAUAGCGGUCCGGUAUGCGCUGGCGUGGUUGGGUUGAAGAUGCCGAGGUACUGUCUGUUUGGAGACACGGUCAAUACAGCGUCACGCAUGGAGUCAACUGGGGAGGCUCUGAAGAUUCACGUGUCGGAGGCGACUCGUCAGGUUCUGCAGGAGUUCAGCUGUUUCCAGCUGCAGCUCAGAGGAGAGAUUGAAGUGAAAGGGAAAGGACGCAUGAGGACAUACUGGUUGCUGGGAGAGAACGCCACUAACUAAAAGAUCAGGAGGACAUCAAGAACCCGCCUCCUCAUCUUCCUAUCUAAUUAGACAGAACAUUGUUUAAGAUGACAGAUAAAAGACUGAGUGAACUUUCACCAAAAACUGUAGAGAAAAACAAAGAUAGGCAAAUGUUUUACUGUAAGAUAAAUUAAUCACAAGGAAGAAAAUGUGUAAAUACAACAAUAAACUGUGUUUGCUA